ACUUCAGCUGCUGUCAGGAGUGGAGGCAGACGCAGAGCAGGACACAACAAUGCAGUGUCUGGACCUAAAGACCAGGUAGAGCUCAAGAGCAUCGUCUUGUGCCAACAAAGAAAACAUCUAGAGGAGUUCUGCAGGAUUCUCCUGGACCAUCUUCAUCCAACCCUUCAGUUGGUUUUUGAUUCUUCUGCGCUCCUGCUGCUAAGCGAACGCCAACAAAAUGAGUUUGUAGCUACAGCUGCCAGCAGAGUGGAGGAAAAGCACCAUCCAGGAUGGAGGACUGUAUUUCUAAAAAGACUCUGCUCGCUACACUGAUGUCCUCCACUUCCCCGACCCCCUUGUCUGAUAGCUACCUGGAUUUCUUCAGUGAGUACCUGGACAAAUCUGUCAUUUGGAAGCACUACAACUACACCGGCAAGCUGCAGAAUGACCGCUACUGUGACCAGCUGAAACCUCAGAGCAUUGUGUUUGUGGUCAUCUGUCUCCUUAUCGUCCUGGAGAACGCUGUGGUUCUCAUCGCCAUUUGGAGGAACAAGAAGUUCCACGUGCCCAUGUAUUACCUGCUGGGGAACUUGACUCUGUCAGACCUGCUGGCUGGGAUCACCUACAUGGCCAAUAUUCUCAUGUCAGGACACAACACUUUAAAACUGACACCGCUGCUGUGGUUCCUACGGGAGGGAGGGGUCUUCAUCACCCUUGCUGCCUCCAUCAUUAGUCUGCUGGCCAUUGCAAUCGAGCGCCACGUUACUAUGGUGACAAUGCGUCCAUAUCACGGGGCCAAGAAGGGGCGUAUGUUGGCGCUGAUUGGUGCAAGUUGGGCCCUGUCGGGGCUUUUGGGGGUCCUCCCAGUUCUGGGAUGGAACUGUAUACACAAACUGGGCCAGUGUUCAACAGUGCUCCCACUCUACACCAAAAGCUACAUUCUGUUCAGUGUUUCUGUGUUCUCCGUGGUGCUUUGGGCCAUCGUGGUCCUCUAUGCUCGAGUGUUCAGCAUCGUUCGCAGGAAUACGCAACGCCAGCGGGUGAGCUUUAAGAACAGCAUGAGGAAGAGCUCAUUGAGGAAGUCGCAGAAGUAUGUCGCUCUGCUCAAGACCGUGACCAUCGUACUCGGAGUCUUCAUCGCUUGUUGGCUGCCCCUCUUCAUCCUCCUUCUCAUGGACUUUUUCUGUCCAACGGGUCAGUGCCAGCUGCUUAAAAAGUCAGAGUAUUUCCUGGGGGUGGCCAUGUUCAACUCGCUCCUGAAUCCAAUCAUCUACACUCUGACCAGCAAGGACAUGAGGCGAGCCAUCCUCAGGCUGCUCUGUCGGCCAUGUCUGAUGACCAAAGAUGGACAGGUGAAGAACAUCGGGAUGCCGUUCCUGGAGUGUAGCUUCAGUAAGACGGAGGCUCCUUCUCAGAAGUUAGAACACGGGCUGGAGACAACCAUUUCCUCUGGGAAUGUCAUCGCCAGUCCAUCCACCCUUAAAGCUCUUUACCCAAAACUCUUCAAACCAUAAAAACUUUCAUUCUUGGAAGGAGAGGCCAAAAGACUGUGAAAGGGUCGCCCACAUUACAGAGGACGUGCAGCACGUCUUCUAACGACAGGAAGUAGUCCGGACCCUUUCAGAUCUGAAAGCCAGAAAGAGUUUGCCUGAAAUUCAGUGGAGGCACAAAGAAACAUGUUUUUUAGUAACGCCUCACGUUCGACAUGUGAAAAGUAGCAAAGGUAAAGUGAAACUUUACCGUGGCGCGAGAAAUUCAAGUGUGAGCGACACACACCUGCGUGCUCAUGGUGACAGUGAUGUCGCUCCGACUCAACGGACGUGUCCACAAACACGAGCGUGCAAAGAGAAAGUCCAGCGUUUUCUCACAGUUCAAGAUGAAAGUUGUAGACGGAUGAAA